ACCAAAAGCAUUCCAGAGAAGCGUGGGAGGCCGUGCAGUGAAACAUCUAACAGGGGAUGUUGUCAGAUCCGCGAUACAAACACAGAUCCUUUGCUAAAAUUGUUAACUUAUCUCACACUUUUUAGAAAUUUAUUUAUUAACGAUAUUAUCAUUAUUAUUAAAGUUAUAAAAUAAAAGUUAAAUGUCUCGUUUUCAAGCCGUUAAGUGUCACCAUACGGAGCGUUUGAUGAACAUAUUGUAUUGAUAAAUAUUUGAUGCAGCAUAAUUUUCUGAAAGAUUAAUUUACAUAAGGAUUUGUAAACAAAAAGCAAGAUGGGAGAUUCAUCAGAUUCAGGCGUAGUGUCAACAGCCAAAAGAACAGCCACAAGGAUUAAAAGCUAUGCAUCCCGUCUCACUAGAAAGAAGUUUGUUGAUACAGAUCUCAUGGAAACAAAUUUACGCCGUUGUCUCGACACGGCAGACAUCACGCUCCUUGCCAUCGGUCAUAUGGUUGGAUCUGGAGUAUAUGUCCUCACAGCUACAGUUGCCAAAAAAACAGCAGGACCAGCUAUAGUUUUAGCAUUCUUAUUCAGCGGGUUUGCAUCAUUCUUAGCUGCGCUGUGUUACGCUGAACUCGGUGUGAGGUAUCCAAGAUCGGGUUCUGCUUACUCAUACACAUAUUUAGCUAUUGGAGAACUUUGGGCGUUCUUAGUCGGUUGGAACGUCGCUCUAGAGCAUGUUAUUGGAGCAGCGGCUAUUGCAAGGUCCUGCAGUGCUUAUAUUGACUCUUUAGCAGGUGGUAUGAUAAAAAAUGGAACGAUAACAGUUAUUGGAGAAAUGCACCACACAUUUAUGGCAGAAUACUUAGACUUCCUUGCGUUGGCAAUUUUGAUUUUCUUCGUUAUAUUUCUGUCCUUUGGUGUCCGAAUGACAUCAUAUUUAAAUAAUGUGUUUUCAUACGUCAACCUGGUUGUAAUAUUAACUAUUAUAGGGGUGGGAGCUUAUUUUGCUGAUACAAAGAAUUGGACAAACCCGGCUACAGGAGGAUUCAUGCCCUAUGGUUUCUCGGGUGUUCUGGCAGCCGCUGCUUCCUGCUUUUAUGCCUAUGUAGGAUUUGAUUCGAUAGCUUCAUCAGGAGAGGAAGCGAAAGAUCCACAGAGAUCUAUCCCCAGGGCUACCAUGUUUUCAAUGGGCAUUGCAACUCUAGCCUACGUUGGAGUAUCUACUGUUUUAACUCUCAUGGUUAAUUAUCAAGAUAUAGCGGAUGAUUCUGGAUUGCCUGAAGCCCUAGCAUACCAUGGGGCCCAUUGGGCUAAAAUAGUCGUAAUUUUAGGUGCUGUUAGUGGAAUGGCCACUGGAAUAAUUGGAAGUCUUUUCGCAUUAACAAGAGUUGUGUACGUUAUGGCAGAUGACGGGUUACUAUUCGCUUUUUGUUCAAACGUCAACAUAAAAACAAAAAUACCCUUAGGAGCUAUGUAUAUUUUUUCCUCCUUGUCCUGCAUUAUGGCUUUAAUUUUUGACAUCAAUACUUUAGUAGAAGUUAUGUCAAUCGGCACAUUAUUUGCAUAUCUCGUGGUCAGUGCAUCUGUUAUAAUUCUGAGAUACAGACCAGCUUCAGAGCUGAAGUCAGAUAGUCAAGAGCUCUCUUCAGUGGGAGAAAGUAAUGACGAUAAAUCACCCAUAUUAGAUCAAGCUGGUCAACUUAGAGAACGUUUUAGAAUAUUGAGAGCUUAUAUUGACUUGCGUCCUGGCAAGCUUGUGGUGAUGUCCGUGAUAGGUUACGUGGUAUUUACAUUUUUGCUUUGUGGAUUUGUAAGAGGAUGUUACGAUUACAUCUUUGAUGGAGUAUGGUGGUCCAUUAUACUUCUAGUCAUUGUGCUCUGUGGUUUUGUUUUGUGUUUCAUCCUUAUUUCGAUUCAUCACCAAUCUUCGUUACAUCUUAAUUAUAAGGUACCAUUGGUCCCAUUGAUUCCCGCUUUAAGUAUACUAGUCAAUGCUGUUCUCAUAGUCAAUCUCAAAGCAGCUACAUGGUUGAGAUUGUUAGUUUGGGUAGCUGUGGGUUUGUCUAUGUAUCUUACAUAUGGUGUUGGCCACAGCAAGCUUGAUGCUUCUUCACCAACAGCCACUCUAUUGAAAGCAGGCUCCCCUCAGCCAACAACAUGGGGAUCACUAGAGAGGGAGCCUACUGCUCCUGAUGCCAGAAGUAUAGAAAAAUCUAAACAAAAACCUGUUGCCAGUUCUUUGUCCAAAGAAUUUUUAUUUGAAAAUGCUGAUAUGUCUCCUUAGAGAAGGUGAUAAUAUUUUCAACUUCUACAUUUUUGUUAAAUGAUGGUUUAAAAAAACCCAAACAAAAAACAAAUAAGAGCUUUGUACUUAAAGUACAGUAAUUUAUUUAAUUAAAUCAAUAAUAAUUAAGUAAUACGCAUAAUUAUGAAGCUUAAAAAAUGAAUUUAUGUAGAUUGGCAAGGAUAAUCAGGUUACUAUUUUGUAAAAAAAAUAAAUAAUAAUAAUAAUAAAAAUACAUCGAAAAUUGUGUGCAAUAAAGUAAACUAAUAUUUAAUUAGAGUUUCUCACAAAGUAGAGCAAUAAUUCUAAAAGACAUUUAUAUAUUUUUCUUAUGAUAAAACUUACUGCUUAAGGGGUCUUCCUAGAGUGUCUUAAAAUAAAAUUCGGUUUCAUUUAUAAGAGAAUAAAAGGGUAUUUCCAACAUUAUUAGUCCAAAAAAACAUAAAACCUGCAAAAUUCUUUAGUUCUUAAGGAAUUUGAAAGGUUUUUUUUAAAAAAUAACGGAUCAUUUAUUGCAAUUUUUAUUUAAAAAACAUUGAGCAACUUGAUUGAAUUUUGGACAAAAAUUAUUUAUUUCAACAACCUGAUGAAAUUUAAUGAACUAAAUUAUUUUAAUGGUUAACAAGAUAUCCUGUCAAGUAGAUUAAAAGACUUAGUUUUUUGAACUAUCAUAUCUAAAGUUUUAAAUGUUAUUUUCAAUAUCUCAUUCGAGUAUCUGAUGACCAUAAUUAGCUAUUUGAUAUUUUAUAGAUACCAAUUUUUUUUUUUAAAUGUGUUGCAUAUAUCUACUCUUUUAUAAUAUGCAAAGCAAUAUAAAAAUGGAAUUUUUAAUUGCUUUUUAUAGCAUUGCAUUGUAUUCUACAUAAUAUGACAUAUUUAGUGUUGUAUAGACAAUAAAAUUUUAGAUAAUUGUUUAAGUAGGUAACAAAUUUUAGUAAAAAAAAAAUUUAAUUAUUUAUAACUUAACGCUUUUAGAAUGUUUAAAUUUCUCUUGUUAUAAUAACCGCAGUUAAAUGUUGCUAUUACUAUUUUACUGUUUAAUAAAAUUUAACUAUUAAUGCCACUAGUUAACGAAAAAAAAACUUUUCCUCAGUCACUUUAACAUUCAAAUUUCGUAUUUGAGGCUAGAAAAAAGCUCUAUGCUAAUGAAGCUAAGCUUCAGUUUUAGAACAAUCUGAAUGCAUAAA